AUGAAGCAAAAUUCAAUUAUAUUCGUCUUUUUUACUAAAUCUAUUAUAUUUUCCGUUUUAGUAUGGACAUGGAAAUAUUAUAAUGAAUUAUCCAUUUGUGGCGAAUUAUGUAAUAACAAAUGUAGCCAAAUUUAUAAAUCAAACGUAAUAUUUAGAAGAACAUUAAAUAGUGAAAUAGACAUAUCAGAAGAAAAAUAUGGAAAGUUGAAAGAAAGAAUAUUUAAUAUAUUAGACGAAAGUGAUGAUGCAUUUGCAGAAAGACUAAAAGGAUUAGAGCAUGAUGACCUUUUUCGAAAACGAUUUAAAGAAUUAAUUGUACGUGAUAUUUCUGAACAAAAACUUAAUCAUUCAGUGCAACAUAAAAAAAUUCAAAAACAUGAUGCAUUCAAUUAUGAACAUAAUUUAAAAAAAAAAUCUCAUCCCUUAAAACAUUAUAAUAGUGCUGAAAAAUAUAAAAAUGUACCAAAAUGUUCAAAAACAGUAAACUCACAAAUUGAAAUAGAUACAUUCCCGAAGAGCUCAAAAAAGAAACGCUAUGCUGUUAAACAUCCAGGUAUAGCUGAACAACUUUUACAAUUUACAAAAAAACAUAAAAUUCUUUCUUCACUUUUGUUCAUAGUAAUUUUGAAAGCAAUAGUAUUUAUUUUAGUUUCUAUAAUUAUGUCUAUUUUUUCAAUGUCUUAUGUACCACUACAACCACAAGUUAUAGUAUUACUAUUACCAAUUGUUGAAUAA